AUGUCUGACGAGUCGAAGGGAAAGAGCUUCCCCGACGUCUCGGCGAAGCUCUCCGCGCUUCCAAAGAAAUCACUUUUUGAGCGUCAAAAAGCUGAAGCAGAGGCUAAACGCGCCCGGGAAAAAGCGGAGACAGCUGCAGUUUAUGAAGAGUUUGUCAAAUCGUUCGAAGACGAGGAUCCAGUUGUACCACAGUCAUUGGAUGGAGGAUGGAAUACAUUUAAAACCAAGGGUGGUCCUCCUAGGCGUCAUUUCGCAGCUUCGUCUUCACGCGGCAGUGGUCAUGGACCCUUAGCUCCCCCGCCGCCCUCACUUUCACAAAAACGUUCCCACGAAACCUUCCCCCUCUCGCGUCGCGACAACAAUUUUGAAAACAUGCUUACUUCACCUGAAGCCGACAGGGCAUUGAUCCCCUCGACCCUGAGCGUGGACAAUGUGAAGGUCAUCACCCCACCCGGGCAAUUGCCAACCCACCGGGUGUCCUCUUCUGCUCUCGUCACCCUUGCAAGCGACUCGGCCGCCUCUAAUAUCGACACAGCUGUGAGCACCCUGCAGAACAAAUACCUUGGCCGGGGAUACUACUUGACCCUCUGUCGAUACCUUUCCUCUGCUGCGAUCAAUCCAAACAUGCCCUUGCCCAUCACACUCCCAUCGACUACUACUUCUCUUAUGUUUGGCGCUACACCUAUUCCACCGAGUUCCGGCACACGCCUGAAUCGCGCACCACCACCAGGGCCACAUCGUGGGGGAUUCGCACCCCCGAGCUCGUAUGGAUCAACCGUUGGCAGAAAUGGCCCGGUCCAUCAGGUGCCAGUGCAACUACCCACAGACGCAAAGGUGCUAAGACAGAUACACAUGACUAUUGAGCAACUCGCUAAGAAAGGUCCUGGAUUUGAAGCAUUCUUGAUGAGUCGGCCAGAAGUCCAGAUGGACGAAAAGUGGGCCUGGUUAUUCGAUCCAAGAUCGCCUGAUGGUUCAUACUACCGUUGGAAGCUGUGGGAGACUAACAUUGAUCCCAUAAAAAAGAGCAUGGAUAAGCCCGCGAUCAUCUUUGAAGGUGGUCUGCUCUGGUUAUCCCCAAAAGAAGGCCUCAAGUUUGAGAACGUUACUCGCCUGAAGCAAUUUGUCUCACACACCGACUACAACUCGUCCGACGAAGAACACUCGGAUGGAGAAGAUGAAAGACGGCACAUUGGUGGAGCACCUUCAGACGGAAUCAACACACACAGCGAUAAACCCACUUUCUUGAACCCUCUAAAGAUGGCCAAACUUAGCCAUCUUCUUGCACGACUUCCGACGACCAAUGCAAGGCUUCGACGAGGAGAUGUUGCACGAGUUACAGCAUUCGCGAUUGAUCACGCGGCAGUGGGAGCGUCCGAGGUUGUCGACAUGGUUAUUCGAAACGUUUUUUGCCCUCUAGCCUACACGGGGGCAAACCCAAACCUUGAACGGGAAAGGAAUGCCGCCAGAAUAGCGACCGCAGACAAUGACAGCGCCACCUCAUCCGAGGAUAUUAUUGAUAUGUCCUCCGCGAAGCUUGUUGCUCUUAACAUAAUAAAUGAUAUUCUUUUCAAUUCGGCAAACGGUGGUGGGCGCCAUGCAUGGCGAUACCGGCAGCUGUUUGAAAACGCUCUCCGCUCCCGCAAGGUAUUUGAACACCUUGGCCGACUGGAUAAGGACCUUAAAUGGGGACGACUGAAAGCAGAGAAGUGGAAGCGCAGCGUUGGCGCCCUUUUACGCCAGUGGGAAGGGUGGUGUUGUUUUACCCAGUUGAACCAGGAGCAUUUUACCCAAGUGUUUGAAAAACCCCCGCUUACAGACGCCGAAUUACAGACUCAGAAGGAGACAGAGAAGGCCCAUGCAGAGCAAGCUGCUGUUGCAUUUGCCAAAAGCAAGAGUCGAUGGAAGACAGUUGAUGAUGAGCGAGGUGGAAAGUUUGAUCCUACUCGCCCUACGAAUGAGAAUAAGCUAUCUGCCUCUACCCAUCCAGCCAGCAAGUCAAUGGAUGAAAAAGAUGGCGUUGCAAUGGAAAUCUAUGACCUGAAGAACAUUGAUGGGGAUCCUAUGCUCAAAGUGUCGGGCGAUGAAGAUACCCAAUUCGAGAACCCCCAGCAGCCACCUCAGCACCCAACUCUAUCUGACAAAUCCGAACAAUCGGCUGGGCAGCAGCAGCCAGAAACACGGCGACGAAAGCCACGGCCCAAAGCUGAAGACAUGUUCGCGUCGGAUUCGGAGUAA